UCGCCAUAUCCAGGCACUCAUGGCUAUGAGAAAUUGGUUAUUCGGUCGUCUCUCCAGAGUGGGUUCAUGACAUUAUCCGCCGUUUCAGCAAAUCUUGCCCGGGGCUCUCCAGGAAAUUGUUAUGAUUUAUAAGCUGGGUGCGAAUACUCUUUUGGUGCAGUCAAUGCGUGAAUUGUGAAUUUCUCUCGGUGCAGAAUAGGUUUUCGAGGAGCGAGUUCUGUGUGAGUGUUUUAUAACAUUCUGUCAUAUUCGCCAUUCUUAGCGAUGGAGUGUGCUUUUCGGAUUGGACAGAGAGAGGCGAAUGCACAAAGAGCGGCACAUCCAGCAUUGGCAAGAUUUGUCCAUGUGUUACGUACCUUUGGAGACUGCACCAAGGAAUUGGGGAGUAUUGAGGGGAUUUUGGUUGAGGAGAAUCUGGGAGUUGCAAGAAGCGCAUGGAAGGAAGAGCUACAUCUCGUGGCGGUGAAUACGCGGGGGAGACUAACCCAGUUGAUUCAAGAGGCACAAGCCAAUUUGUCUUUACUAUCACUGGGAGAGAAGCUUCAUCCUACUUUAGAAGAGUCUGGAGAAUCCGAUGGAACGACCAUAUCUUCAAUUGUUGUAGGAAAUGAUGUCCACCACGAAGAAAUGUUGGGACAUAAAAGUCAAUCUCAGCGAUGGUGUUCACAUGCAUGCGAAAUCCACCAUGAGGUGAUGAACCCUGAUCUAUGGGGAAAACUUCCUGAAUACCUCCUGGAGCUCACCUUUGCUCGACUGCCGCUAAACAAAGUUGUCCAGCUACAGAGUCUCUCUAAAUACUGGAGAUUCGUUGUCCAAUCUUCGAAGCCGUUUCAAGAAGCCUGCUCCGGAUUUAACUUUAAACGAUUUGCGCUCGUGACUUCUAACCAAUGCCGCGACUGUAAGAUUCAUUUCUGUGAUGUGAGGGAGAACAAGUGGUUCCUCAAAGUAAUGGAUGCCGUGUCCCAUGGUUUCUGGGCAAGUCCGGUGAUUGCUGCCGGAGGCUUGCUCUGUAUUGUGGACCUCCAUCAACUAAGCUACGGUGCUCUGUCUAUCUCCGUGUGCAAUCCCUUAACUAGCAAGAUCCGUGUGCUGCCUCCACUUACAGAAUUUAACCGGUGGUUUCCAAAGAUGGUGCAAUUAUUGGUGGAUGAUCUCACAGGAAAUUACAAGCUUGUUGUGGUGGGCUCUUCGCAUCGAGCACCGGAUAUUUUAAUGAUGGAAGUUUAUGACUCACAGAAAAGGUCAUGGGAAUCGAGCGAUGUAAACCCCGUUCCUGGAAAGACGUACCGGGACAGUCCCACUUCAAUUUGUGGCUAUGACUUUAGUUAUGAUGGUCAGUAUGAGGGUCUGGUUAGGUUUGACACUAAGGAUCGGUACUUGUACCGGCUCUCUUUUCCUUCUCAUCCCAACAUGGUGCAACCCCCCACGAAGAAUGACAUUGGAAUGUGCAAUGGUGAUGUGUUUGCUGUUGUUAGCACCGUAAGAAACAAGGAGUCGCUGUUCAAGCUUUGGGUAGAUCCCUUGACGGGCGAUGCUGUGUGGAUACCACAGGAUUGUGCUUCAUCAUCUUACUCUGGUGCCAGUGAACUUGUUUCUUUUCCUCGUUCUUACAGCAAGCGAGUAUUUGUGGCGGGGAGAUUCGUGCUCGUGGCUGCGGAUAAUAGAGAGAGGGCUGAUCUCAAUCAUCACCAGAUUCUGAUGCUGAAGGACUUUUUGGGUCAUAGCGCGUGGAUUCAGUUGCCUAAGUUGGGAAAAGGGGAGAAGUGCGACAUGUGGGAGUUAGAUCAUGCAAUUAUGAUGGAACUUAAAUUGGAUGCAAUCCCUUGAGUUUUAAGCUUGAGAAGAGUACGUCGUGUUUCCAGUAAGUUGCAGACGAGUGAAAACUCCAAUGAACGACGUGGAAUAAGAUCAGCAUCUAAGCUGAUAUGAUGUAGGGGUAAUUUUCUAACGAUGAUUUCCAUCAAUUGGCCUCGAAAUAUUGUUUUGGAACAUGUUUAUGAACGAACCAUGAAACUAUUGACAUGCAGAAAAUGAAGUUAAAUUUGAAUUUAACAAAAGCUUCUUCAUGCAAGUACACAACUGUACCAACCUGUCCUUAUUCUGCGUAAAAGCUGUUCAACGAUUUAGGAUGUAAACAUCAGGCUAAUAGUGGUAAUUAUCAUCAGUGUAAGAGUUUAUAAUUUAUACACUAUAAUAACACAAUCGAUAUUGCUGUGCGCAACUUUCAUCAUAUGAUGUGUAACUUUCAGCAAAUAAUUUUAUGAGGACAAUCUUGUAUCUA